AUGAAGUACAUACUCUUUCUCGCCUUUGUUGGUGUGGCUGUUGCCUUCCCCAUCAACAGUGAUGAUGAUGACGACAAGAUCGUGGGAGGCUACACCUGUGCAGCGAACUCUGUCCCCUACCAGGUGUCCCUGAAUGCUGGCUAUCACUUCUGUGGAGGUUCCCUCAUCAACAGUCAGUGGGUCGUGUCGGCUGCUCACUGCUACAAGUCUCGCAUCCAAGUGCAGCUCGGGAAACAUAACCUGGCAAAGAAAGAACCAACAGAGCAGUUGAUUAGUUCAGCCAAAGUCAUCCGCCACUCUGGCUACCGCCCUUCGACACUGGACAAUGACAUUAUGCUCAUCAAGCUUGACAAACCAGCCCAGAUCAACCGCGCUGUCCAAACCAUUCCUCUGCCUACCAGCUGUGUGGCCACAGGCACCACAUGCCUGAUCUCUGGCUGGGGCAACACACUCAGCAAUGGCAACAACUAUCCAGACACCUUGCAGUGCCUGAAGGCUCCUGUACUCUCUGCAAGCCAAUGCAGCAGUGCCUACCCUGGGCAAAUUACCAACAACAUGAUGUGUGUAGGAUUCCUGGAGGGAGGGAAAGACUCCUGCCAGGGGGAUUCCGGCGGCCCAGUGGUCUGCAACGGGCAGCUCCAGGGCAUCGUCUCCUGGGGUAUCGGGUGUGCGCAGAAGGGCUAUCCCGGCGUUUACACCAAGGUCUGCAAUUACGUCUCCUGGAUCAGAACAACUAUGUCUGCCAACUGA